AUGGUCAACAUCGGUCUCUCCCUCCUCGCCCUCGCGGGCACCUCGAUCGCCGCCCCGGCUGGCAGGCGAUCCGAGAUGGGCCUGAUUGCCCGCUCAUACCCUGACAUGGAAGCCAUCCAAACGCUGCGCGACAUGGGCAAGAGGAGCAUGCCCGAUAUCCAGUACGCCAAGCGAGACUACCCUGACAUGGAGGCCAUCCACGCCCUGCGCGAUAUGGGCAAGCGGAGUCUACCCGACAUCCAGAUCCCCGAGGCCCAGCCCGCCAAGCGCAGCUUCCCCGACGUGGAGGCCAUCAACAACCUGCGCGCCAUGGGGAAGCGCUCGCACCCCAAGCGAUCGUUCCCCGACACCGAGGCCAUCAACAACCUCCGCGCCAUGGGCAAGCGCAGUCUCCCCAAGAGGAACUACCCCGACACCAAGGGCAUCGAAAAGCUCCGCGCCAUGGGUAUGCGAAGCGCGCCCCAGGUGACUCGCGCCAAGCGCUCGUUCCCCGACGUGGACGCCAUCAAGCAGCUCCGCGCCAAGGGCAAGCGUGCCCUGCCCAGUGGGAACUAUCCCGAUACCAAGGGCAUCAACAAAUUGCGCGCCAUGGGCAUGCGAAGCGCGCCCCAGGUGGCACGCACCAAGCGCUCGUACCCCGACACCGAGGCUAUCAACAACCUGCGCGCCAUAGGCAAGCGUGGCCUCCCCAAGAGGACCUACCCUGAUACUGAGGCCAUCAACAAGCUCCGUGCUAUGGGCAAGCGUACCCUGCCCUGA